AUGAAGUCCAUCGUGGCCAUUCCCAGAUUUCGCAAUGUCGCCACCAGCCAAACUGGAUCCGGGGGUCGACCUCUUCGACGACGACGACCAAAAAAUAUUUUUUGGGCUGUUUGCGACAUUGAACGCGAAACUUUCACACAAGGUGCUGUUGGCCAAGCCGAGCCCAUUGCUCUAUUCAAAACCCCACGUUUCAUUGUAAAGUUUGGAGAUACAGGCGCCUUUAUGUUUGUGGACCCUGGCAGAGCAAAAGAUGCAGAGGGUCGUGUUGUGUAA